GAUGGCCCUUCCAAGUUUGCCGGGCUUGAGAGAACCCGCGAGGAGCCCUAUGUGUUGGUAACAAAGUAUGCAUCGGAGAACGACACACUCCGCAAUCAACUGUGGUACGAUAUCAACAUUGACGAUGGGAUGGUGGCUCUUUCCGACGAAUGGGCAGCGCAACACGAUCUUCGUACCGCACAGCGGUUUCCCUGGGAUCAAAGCAAGGGCAUCUACCUUCUCCAGGGCUUUCACAACCUCCAUUGUAUGAAGAUCAUCUAUAUCUCUAUGAACGAGUAUCGGACCGGAGUACCCCAGACGCGGUCCUGGCACCACAUCUCGCAUUGUAUGGACGCGCUACGCCGACAGAUCCUGUGCGAUGCCGACGAUACCCCGCGAGCCACUGAGAGACGCGCAGAGGUGGUAACUGGAGUCGGCCAGCAUCGAAUGUGUCGCAACUGGGACGAGCUGGUGGAUUUUGCCAAACAGCACACGGCGUGCUACAGACGACCGGAACCGCCAGAUGAUAGUCCAACUGUGGAUAAGUUCAAACACUGCCCCCCAGGAAGCGGAUAU